GUACAAUCUAUAAGGAAACAAGUCUCCACUCUAUUUUAUCUAUACUCUCAGUGACAUUGUGUCUACUGUUUUAUCAAAGGAAUGGGAAAGAAUUCAGGCGAUAUGAAAUCAUUUUGGUGUGUUUUUCUCUUCUUUAGUUUGCAAUUAGUGAUACUAAUGAAGUGUGUUUCUGGAAGUUUGAAUUUUCAUGAGGAUACAUCAGUGAGUAGUGGGAGCACAGGGACAGUGGGGAAGCUGGUGAAGAAGGAAGAAAGGAUACCAGUUGUUGCGACGGAAUACGGUGAGAUAUCGGCAGUCGACAUCGACGACGGUACCGGAACGGGGCGGCACAAUUACCACCUUCAGUUCAUAACCUUGGAGCCCAACUCAAUUUUUCUUCCUGUUCUUCUUAAUGCUGACAUGGUCUUCUAUGUCCAAACAGGAAGUGGAAAGAUAAGCUGGGCCAAUAGCGAUGAACUAUAUAAAGUUAGCUUGCAGCGAGGUGACGUCUACAGACUCAGGUCUGGUACCCUCUUCUAUAUUCAUAGCAGUUUAGAAGCUGAAAGGCCAAGACUCAGAAUCAUAGCUAUUUUUGCCAAUCCAGAGGAAGAGCAACUACAGGGGCCAUCAAUUGGACCAUACUCAAACAUCAAUGACCUUGUUCGAGGCUUUGAUAAACGCGUUCUUCAGGCUGCUUUCCAGGUAUCUGAAGAAGUUAUAGAAGAACUAACAAGUGCAACAGAUACACCAGCAAUAGUACAUGCAGAGCCCAAAAGGAAGAAUUUCUGGCAGCAGGAGCUUCUAUAUGUUAAUGCUUUUCUAGGAAUCAAGAGGUACAGUAAGCAAGUCUCUGAGAACAAAAAGAAACAUACUAAGACAUUCAAUUUCUUCAAGGAAGACCCAGAUUUCAAGAGCUGCAACGGGUGGAGCACCCUGGUCACCAAGCACAAUUUAGAUGCUUUGCAUGGUUCCCAUAUCGGUGUCUUCAUGGUGAACCUAACCAAGGGUUCAAUGAUGGGGCCUCACUGGAAUCCUAUGGCCACUGAGGUUUCUGUAGUCUUGGAAGGAGAAGGAAUGGUUCGUGUGGUUUGCCCAAGUACACUAACAAACAAAGAAUGCAAGAACUCAAGGUUCAAAAUCGAGGAAGGUGAUGUUUUCACAGUCCCAAGGUUUCAUCCAAUGGCGCAAACAUCUUUCAACAAUGGUUCACUUGUUUUCAUGGGGUUCAGCACCUCAACGAAGAAUAACCAUCCUCAGUUCCUAAUAGGAAAGGCUUCAGUGCUACAGACACUUAGCAAACCUAUUUUAGGUGCCUCCUUUAAUGUGUCGGGCACAACAAUUGAGCAGCUGCUCGGUGCUCAGGAGAAAGCAAUCAUAUUGGACUGUACUUCUUGUGCUGAAGAACAGGAAAUGCUGAUGGAAGACGAGAUUGAAAAGGAAAGGCAAGAAGAGGAAGAAAGGAGGGAGGAGGAAGAGGAGGCUAGAAGAAGGGAGGAGGAGGAGAGGAGGAAGCAAGAAGAGGAAGAGCAGAGGAGGGAAGAAGAGGAACGGCGAAAACAUGAAGAAGAAGAAAGGCGAAGAGAAGAAGAACAGCGAAAACGUGAAGAAGAAGAAGAAGAAGAAAGGCAAAGAGAAGAAGAACGGCGAAAACGUGAAGAAGAAGAAAGGCGAAGAGAAGAAGAAGAAGAAGAGAGGCAAAGGGAAGAGGAAGAACAAGAAGAAAGGCGAAGAAAAGAAGAGGAAGAAGAGAGAAGGCAAGAAGAAGAAGAGAGGCAAAGGGAAGAGGAAGAAGAGAGAAGGCAAGAAGAAGAAGAGAGGCACAGAGAGGAGGAACAGAGAAAGCAUGAAGAAGAGAGGCGAAGAGAGGAGGAAGAGCAGAGAAGACAAGAGGAAGAAGAAAAAAAAGAACAGGAGGAAGAACAAAGGAGGCAAGAAGAAGAGAGGAGGGAGCAAGAGGAACAACAGCGAAGGCAAGAAGAGGAAAGGCAAAGACAAGAAGACGAGAGGGAGGAGCGAGAGGAGCAACAACGAAGGGAAGAAGAGAAAAGGCAAAGACAAGAACAAGAGGAAGAAGCAGCUAGACAAAAAGAAGAGAGGAGACGUGAAGAAGAAGAAUGGAGAAGAAGAGAGGAGGAGAAAGGAAGAGGGGAAGAAGAAGAGACGGAGCAAGAAAUAGCAAGAAGAGAGGAAGAAGAAAGAAGAAGAGAAUGGGAAAGACAAGCGGAAGAAGCAGCAAGGAGAAGACAAGAGAGGUAUGAAAGAGAGAGGUAUGAAAGUGAAAGUGGAGGCAGCAGAGAAGAAGGAAGGAGAUUUCUCAGACAUACGACAAAGGUGUAAGAAGUUCACUGAUAGCUUCAAUGCUCGAAUAAGGUUUUAAACUGCUGGUUGGAGCUGCCUACCUAUCAUCAUGCCUAAGUGUAGCUAGAGUUACCUUGACAAGAUAUAUGAAUGUUUACGUUUUGUUUCAAUACUGCCUAAUAUGUAAGGUGUUAGAUCUAGCAAAGACAAACCAAGUCAACCGGAGAACAAUUCUAAUCGCAUUUCUUAAUUAUCUAAUUACAUGUUUGUGAUUACAAA